CAGGCUCACAUUAAAUUUCCUAUUGACUAUCCAUAUUCACCACCUACCUUCAGAUUCCUGACCAAAAUGUGGCACCCCAACAUUUAUGAGAAUGGAGAUGUAUGUAUUUCAAUUCUUCACCCACCUGUAGAUGACCCACAAAGUGGAGAGCUGCCAUCCGAGAGGUGGAACCCUACCCAAAAUGUCAGGACUAUCUUACUGAGUGUGAUCUCUUUGCUUAAUGAGCCCAACACAUUCUCUCCUGCCAAUGUGGAUGCAUCAGUCAUGUUCAGGAAAUGGAGGGACAGUAAAGGAAAAGACAAAGAAUAUGCUGAAAUCAUAAGGAAACAGGUUUUGGCUACUAAAGUUGAGGCAGAAAAGGAUGGUGUGAAGGUCCCCACUACACUGGCAGAGUACUGCAUCAAAACUAAAGUGCCUUCCAAUGACAACAGUUCAGAUUUGCUUUAUGACGACUUGUAUGAUGACGACAUUGACGACGAGGAGGAGGAGGAUGCCGACUGUUAUGAUGACGAUGAUUCUGGCAAUGAGGAGUCGUGACCUGCUCCCUCUAUGCCCCUGUACUGCCCUGACAACUCAGGCCAGAAGGGAGCAGCGGUAACCUAGCAGCAGUCCAGCAAAAAAAGAUGGGGGGGGGGGGAGGGGGGGGGGGUGGUGUGUCAAAAAAAACCCUGUCUCCUGUUGUAUGGAUGUUUGCUUCUUUUUUUUAUGGACCCUUAAAACCCUCUACAGAAUGUUUGAAUUCUUGCAUUCCUAACCCUUUCAUCACUGUAUUAUGAUUUCUUUUUUAAAAAGAAACUCCCUUUUUCACUUCUCUAUGAAAUGCUUACAGCGAAACAGGUUUGCUUGUGUUUAGAUUCUUGAAUUAAAUACAGUCUUGCAUUGAGAUGUUUAAUGUAUUUAAAGCUGGAACAAACCCAUUGGUUUUCAGGAGCUCAAGUGCUGCAUUUACUGGGAACUAAAAUCCAUACAAAGCAAACAAACUGCCAUGGUUUAGCUGCUCCAUUUACAAUAAUAGCAUAUGUACAUUCAUUUAGCCUUGUCAUGGUGGCUUUUUCUUUAUAAGGUAGGGGGGUGGAGAGUAUAAAGCUACUGUGUGUUGAGCUUAAUGGGAUGUCACUGAAAGGUACAGUAUUCCUUUUCAGCCUGCUUAAGUUACGAACUAGCUGGCCCCUGGAGCCCCAGAGGGCACAAUCAUCAGCUUUGUCUCUGAAAAAGGUUUGUGAUAUGAACCCUAAAAUAAACACUUAACACUUCACGUCUGUACAA